UUGUGUUAUUUAUUGAGUUUGGGAAUUAUGACAAUCAUUUUUAACUGACAUUAUUAUAGUUGUCAUUUUUAAAAAUCAGUUCCUUUAGUUUUACAAAUGAUAAGUACAGUUGAGUUUGUCACGGAAUCUAAAUGUCCUGAAAGCAGUGUUCAAAAUUCUCAGUCAUUCUGUAAGCGCGACACUUUACUGCCAAAACAUGUUGAACUUACAAAUCAGUUUAUUACAAUACAAACUUGGUUCUUAAGAUGCGCAUGGCAUGAAAAAUAUAAUUUUAUUUUAAAACUUUUAAAUUUUGUCGAAUUGUCUACUUCGUUGCAACUUUUAAUUAAUAUUCUAUUGGACGCUCAAGAUAAAGCUGCAGUUUACGGCGAAUGUUGUAUAACUACGGACUUUGUUUACGACAAAGUUAUUGCCGAUCAUAACAGGUCUUUAGAAGAAAAGACACUCAACGAGGAAAUACAGUCGGCUCUGCAUUGGUUCGAUGAAUUAACAAGCAGUAAACAAAUAAGCGUUUUAUUAACAUUAGUAAGAAUGUCCGGUGGAACAAUGGCCCGGCGGCUUUAUCAAGUUGUGGUUAAUUUGCACAAAGACAAGCAAUGUAAACGUUAUGAGAAAAACUCACAACUGAAUAUUAUAAAAGAUUUAUCAGACCCUCAUAAAUUAAGUAUUGUAGUUAACAGCUCCGAAGUUCAACAGAAUCGAAAAAUUCUGAAAACUGAUAGAAGGAAAGUAUUCUACUCCGACAAGGUUGAAUCUGAAGGUCAGGAAAAUGAUAUUCAUGAUCCCGAGGAUCCUCUCUAUGUAGAAGUUGAAAAACGAAGAAAGGUUUGGAAGGAAAUUAUUGGUCGGUAUAAAACUCAGUUAGACAAAAAGAAAGGUGCCGGUCAAAAGGCGAUAAAGAAAAAGAAGGGUAAGAAGCAGCAAAAACAGUCGCAAAAUAAGAAACCGAAAGACGAAUUAGACACGAUUCAAAUGCUUCCAGUAUGGGUAGUUAAAAAAAUAUUUGGGUACUUGGAUACCAAAACAUUACGGAAAAUAAGAACAGUAAACAAGUACUGGGAUUAUGUUAUCGGAGAAUUACUUAAAGAAAAAGCUUCGAGAAAGACAUUGAAUAAAGCUAUAAGUAAAAUGCAGGAUGAAGAAAAAUCUGUCGAAAUUUAUCCCAAUCUCUUUGAAAGUCGUAGAGGUCUUUCACUAUUUGACACAAUCAAAUUGAAAGCGUCAAUUAGAGGAAGUACAAGAAAGAAGCUGAUAAUUCCAACAAAAUUCUCAAUUUUUGAAACGUCAGUUGUAACAACAACUGAAAAGGUUACUACCCAGUUUUCACAUUCACCUUUCGAAAAUUUACGAGGAUUCCCAAGAAACAUUGCUGCUUCUUCAAAGAUGUUCAAACAGCUGGUAUGCAAAUAUAAUAUUGAGAAAAGUAAUUGUGUCGACGAUAUGAAUUCCACUAAAGAAUUAACAAUUCUGCAAAAUCAACCUAGUGAAGAUGUCAUAAAGUUUUCUUCUUCAGAUGAUGUAUCUCCUUUGCUAAAUGACUCUGAAACUGUACAAAUAUUCCAAAGCCCUGAUUCACUAGAUCGUACAAUGGAAGAAGAGUAGUUUUCCUAAUAUUUCUACCAACUUACCCUAUAUAACUGCGUAUAUUAUUUGUAAAAUCAAUACUACAUAAAUUUUUGUGUUAUAAUGUCCGAAUUCAAAGCAUCUACAACUUACCCAUCAUU